GCGCUGUGGGCUGAAUGGCCUGCGAGUCUGUGGGAGUGUUUGCUCUUGCUGAAGAAAGCGGGCAGGUCCCCGCCCCCGGCUACGUCGCUGCUGUCGGUGCUGCGCUGGAAAUCGCCGCUGCCGCUUUGCGGCCCAGAUCCCGGCUCUUCCUUCAUGUCACAGGAAGCCAAGAUGGGGGAGCAACGUUCGAGUGAUGAUUGGGUGUUGGAGGUGUGUGGCAUCGAAAACACACCCGACGACGUUCUCACCUUGUACUUCGAGUCCAAGCGACGCUCAGGGGGAGGAGCCAUUUCACACAUCAAUCGGGAAGGAGACCGCGCUGUGAUCACCUUCGAGGACCCGGCAGAUGCUCAGCAAGUUUUGUCGAAGCCAGAGCACACAUUCCAAGACUUCAGGUUCAUUGUGAAGAAAGCUCCGCCACCCGAUCCGAGAGCCAUCCUGAUACGCAACCUCGGCACGGAGGUUUCAGAGGACAUCCUGUCGCUCUUCGUGGACUAUAUCACAGGGAUAGACAGUGAUCAGUUCACAAUGCACUUCAGCCCAGACAGGACACAAGUGCUUGUUCACUUCCAGGAAGCAUUGUGUACAGAGGCGUUUGAAGAAGCGAAGAGAAAAACUAGCACCAAACAUCUGCAAGGUGCCCUGGUACAAAUGGAUCGGCUUCCCCAUACAGACCGCAUCCUGGUGGAAAAUCUUGGCCCUGCCGAUGAUGAGGAGCUCGUGCGCCUGUACUUUGAGAGCCGGCGGAGCAGCGGGGGGACUGUGCUCAACGUCACCAUGAUUGCAGGAGGAAAAGCCAUCGUUGAAUUCCAGGAUUGGGAAGUUGUGGACAGAGUUCUGCAGAAGGAGCAUGUGCUUCAACAACAGAAGCUGAUCGUACGCCCUUAUUACAGCUUCCUCCACUCCCUCAACGCUGUCCAGCAGAGUGACAAAAGCGGGGAGAACGUUGGACCCGCAGCGUCGGCCGCUGGACAUUCGGGCACGAUAAAUGUCCCCGACGCUCUGAAAAUGAAAGCCCUGCAUUCGGGUAGGUUGCUGCAAGAUCUGACGAAGGACUACCAGGACCUGUCCAUAGAGGCAGACAACAAUAAUCUCAUCCGUGUAAGCGGAACGGACUCUCAGCAGGUCCAGGAAGUGAAGAGCCGGAUUCUGGAAUUCCUCAACAAUGUGGCACAAGUGGAUGUCCACAUCAACCAGGACCUGUCGGAAUUCCUUUCCCAGACCAACAUUCAGGAUUAUUUCCAGGACUUGCUGGCUGCAAAGGAACCUUGGACUUGUUUCUGUGUCUGCGACCGUACGCUGUCGGUGGCUGGCCCGUCAGUCCCGGCUGCCCGUGAGGCUGCUUGUCUGAUCGAGCAGCAAGUGUCCCAGUUCAGCAUCUCAGUCAAGGACCAGCAGCUCCACGUGCUGACCUCUCCAGAGUGGGAGAGUCUGCUGUCGUCGCUGAAGUACUGUAGUACCCGGCUGACUGAUGCUGGCGACCAAGUCUGGUUUGUAUCCGUUGCCCGCUUCAGAGCGGAGAAUGAGAAACGGGUGGAGAAACUGCUGAACGAGGCAGUACUUCAGGAAUCGGUGAUAGCAAUGGAGCCUGGCAAGCUGAGAUACCUGCAGGAUUACAACCACGACCUGCUCACUGGAGACGGGCAGGUCGCCAUCUUCCCACUGGAAGGUGACGUCACUGGACUACGGGUGACCGGUCAGGCCAGCGCCUGUCAGAUAAUGGACGAGCUCCUCCGCAGCAUCAUCUCUACCAUUUGCUCCAGAACUGUCACCCUGCAGGAACCCGGUGUCUCUCGCUUCCUACUAGAGAGGAUGGGAGCCGACAUCUUGAAGCAGCUGGAGGGGAAGUAUCAGUGUACGAUCGGGCUGGAAAGAGCUUGCUGGAUAAAGCCACAGUCGGAGCAUCCUCUGGAAACCCAACAGAACCAGGGAACACCGAGGUUCGAGAGAAAUGCUCCCAUUUCUACAGAAUUUGCAGUGUUCCAACAACAGUCAGCGAAUGAGAACCUCCCGGACCUCGAUGAGAUCCGAAGUUUGCUUGCAUCAAUCAAAGACACUGAUCAGAAAAGAAGUGAAGAUGCAACCACUUUGAAUUCGCAAAGAACAGCAGAUGUCGGUGAAAAUGUUUUGGAUGAUGAGGAUAUCUACACUGACCAGAUUUCUAACUUGCCUCCUGAUCUAGAUAAUGGCAUGGAGGAAGCUGGCAUUGACAAUGGCAACAGAAAAUCCCAGGAUGGAGAUGACAACAAUAAUGGCGCUUGCGGCUUUGGUCCUGGGGUGGUGGAUGCCGAUGAUGAUGCUCAGUUGUACCUCGCGCUGCAGUAUUCCAUGGACAGCAGGUUACAGCGGACCAAGGAAGAGGAGGAUCUUCAGAGGGUCCUAGAGCUCUCAAAGAUCGACGAAAGAGACCUGGAACGUGCAAUUCAUGCAUCCAAAAUUGAGUCCACUGAAGCUGGGCUCGAAGAGGCCAUCAAAAUGUCUAUGGCCGAUGCCCUACGAGCUUCCAAUUCUGCCCACUUAACAAUCUACGGCAGCGUUGACAUGGAUUUCAACCAGCUGGUGGACGAACUGGGGAGGAAAAUCCGAUCUUUUAUGUGUGAACAGUCGGUCCAGCACUCCUGCCUUCAGAACCUGCCCGGGGACUACAAGAGCUACCUGGAGUAUCUUCAGCGCAAGCAUGCUGUCUCCAUCGUUGGGCAAGGGAGUGAAGUCACAGUCCGCGGAUUUGUGGACUAUGUCGUGCCCGCCAAGGAGAACGUUACUCAACUUGUGCAGUGGAUGGUCCAAGAUGAGGUGGCCGGAGCGGAAGAAGCUUCCUUAGCCAAAUCAGUCCAGUGGGUAAGGCAUAGCUGGCAAGGUGUUGCUACUCCUUACACGUUGAAAGCCAAUGCAUUCAUUGAGAAAGCCUUCCAGUGCAAGCAGAAGAAGAUUGAUGUGAUAUUUGACAACCAGCCAUUCACCAUUGACUUCGAACAAAUGACAGAAUACAGUGUUGGGGCAACAGAGUCCCUUAAAAUUGAGAGGAAAUCUCUGACCAGUCCUUCUGGUGUAGACUCGUUGCCACUGGCCACUGGAUACGUCGAACUGGUCCAGUUGAAUGAAUCCGCCGAGGAAUACACCAAAAUUAUGCCCCACUUCUUCAAAACCCUGAAGGACCUGCACGACAAGAUCAAAAUUAUAAAGGUGGAAAAGGUGCAUAAUCCGUUGCUGUACCAACAGUACAUGCUGAAGAAGACCAGCAUGGAGGCCACCCAGACCAAUGUUGAGCGAGUCCUGUACCAUGGAACGAGCGAAGAGAGCGCCAAAGAGAUCUAUAUGCAUGGCUUUAACAGGAGCUUCUGUGGGAAGAAUGCGGCCGUCUACGGGCAAGGUGUUUAUUUUGCAGCGAGCUCCAUUGUCUCAACGGACGACCAGUAUUCCCCGCCCAACCCCGAUGGGUAUAAGUUUGUGUUUGUGGUGAACGUCCUGGUGGGAUCCUACACAAAGGGGGAUGUCAAGAUGAAGACCCCACCGCUGAAAGAGAACAGCAAUACGUUGCUCAGGUACGACUCCCUGGUAGACAACUGCGAUAAUCCUAAGAUAUUUGUGAUUUUCCAUGACACUCAGGCCUAUCCUCAGUACCUCAUAACAUGCCAGUGGAAGUGACCCACAUCUCUGCCUGAAUCGUCCACGAAGAUUGCACUAAUGAACGUGCCUGCCCUGUGAAUGAAGAUUAUCCUGUUGCUGUUCUAGCCCCAGCUGUCCAGGCCUUGUCAGCUGCCUGGAGAACUUCAUCCAGCCUUAAUUCACUGCCCUGUAGGGGUGAAGAGCAGAAUAUGAUGUUGCCGGGAGCCCAUCGAUCCUUGGACUUGAUUAACUUUCUCCACCACAAGCUCCAACCUUGUGUGAAGCUGGACCCUCUACGUCAUGGGGGUUGCAAAUGGUAGAUUGUCACAGGGCUGGGACACUCAAUAUUGAGUUCAAAGCUCCUGCCUUACUGCUGUUUUUCUGUUCAUUUUGGAAGUUUAUGAAAUAGAAUACCUGCAAAUAUUUGUGUUUUUAGAAUUGAAGUUGGGCUUUUCGUGAUGGGGUUGGAUGGUGAGGUUGUUCUGCUGCUCUGGCACAUCUUGGGUCCCUGCCGUAUCUUCGCCAAUUUCAUAAAACAGAACAGUAUAGCACAGUAUGGGCCCUUCGGCACAUGCUGUUGUGCCAACCAUUAUCGUCCUACACCAUCAGUUCCUUCUCCUGCAGCCCUUUGCAUUUUCCACCUGUCACCUCCCAGCUCCUUCCUUCAUCCCUUCCCCUAUUCACCUGGCUUCACCAGUUCAUGCUCCUUUCUACCCCCCCCCCACCCUACCUUCUUAUUCAGGCAUCUCCCCCCUUUUUUCCAGUCCUAAUGAAGGGUCUUGGCCCAAAAUGUCGACUGUUUAUUCAUUUCCAUAAAUGCUACUUGACCUGCUAAGUUCCUCCAGCAUUUGGUGUGUGUUGCUCUGGAUUUCCAGCAUCUGCACAAUCUGUUGUUUAUAAUCUUACACCAUGACCAAUGUGAUAGGCCAUAAUCUUCCAUUUUUCUUUCAUCCAUGAACCUAUCUAACAGUCUAUCCACGUACCCACCACUCUGUUAAGAACAAAACUACCUCUAACUUUUCCCCUAAAAUCUUCAUCCACUCACCUUUGAAGGAUGUCCUCUGAUAUUAGCCAUGCUGUCCUGGGAAAAGGUGUUGGCUGCCUACUUGAUCUGUGCCUCUCAUAAUCUUGUAGACCUCUUCAACUUGCUUCGCAUCCUCCUUCACUCCAAAGAGAAAAACCCUAGCUUGCUCACCCUUGCCUCGUAAGACACGCUUUCUAAUCCAGGCAACAUCCUGAUAAAUUUCCAUAAGACCAUAAGAUAUGGGAACAGAAGUAGGCCAUUCAGCCCAUCAAGUCUGCUCCACCGUUCAAUCAUGGUCUGAUCCAAUUCUUCGAAAUCUCCUCUGCACCUUCUCUUAAUUUUCCACAUCCUUUCUAUAAUGGGGGACCAGAACCGAAUAUAGAACUCCCAAGUGCGGUCUAACCGGGAUUUUAUAGAACUGUAACAUUACCUGGUGGCUCUAGAGGAUAUGAGGAUUUACACUAUUUGCUGCCUUGACAAUCAUCUUAUGUGAAAACUUUGAGGGAUCUGUGAACGUUGACUCCGCGAUCUCCCUGAACCUCCACACUGCCAUUAACCUUGUACCUGCUUCAGGUUUGGUCUUCCAAAGUGUAUCCUCACACUUUUCUGUAUUGAACUCCCAUUUGCCAUGUCUCUGCCCAGCUGUAACCUACAACCCUCCACGCUAUCCUCAACAUCACCAACCUUCAUGUCAUCUGCAAGCUUACUAACCCACCCUUCCACUUCCUCAUCCAAGUCAUUUAUAAAAAAUCACGAAGAGCAGGAAUCCCAGAACAGAUCCCUGCAGAACACCACGGAUGACCGAUCUCCAGACAGAAUUGCUUCCCCUACUACCAAACUUUGCUUCCUGUGGGCAAGCCAAUUCCACAUUCAUACUGCCAGGUUUCCCUGGAUUAGCCUUCCAAGGGGAACCUUGUCAAACACAUACACACUACAUCCUCUGUUCUACCUUCAUCAAUGUGCUUUGUCACGUUCUCAAAGAAUUCAGCCAUGCUUGUAAAUCGCGCCCCUGAGAAUCCUCUCCAUUAAUAGUUGUAAGAUUGACUGUAUAUAAUUCCUAGCAUCAUCUCAAUUAUCCUUCUUGAACAGAACAACAUUUGCCAACAGUGCACCAGUCGCUUCCCGUAGUCACCUGGGAUAUAUCCCAUCUGUCCCAGGGACUUGUCUAUCCUAAUGUUUUACAGAAGCUCCAACACUGCCUCUUUCUUCAGCAUUCCACCAUGAAUAUUGGAAUUGGUUUAUUAUUGUCACAUCCACCAAGAUAAAGUGAAAAGCUGGUCUUGAUGUUGUUCAUGCAGAUCGGGUCAUUGAGGUAGAAUAAGGUAAAGCAAUAUCAGAAUGCAGAAUAAAGUGUAACAGCUACCAAAAGAGUGCAGUGCAGGUAAAAGAUAAAGUGCAAAAUCAUAUUGAAAGAACUCGACAGAGUGGUCAUGGAGAAGAUGUUUCCUGUAGCGGGGAACAUCUAGGACCAGAGGGCACAGCCUCAGAAUAGAAGGAUGUCCCUUUAGAACAGAUGAAAAGGAAUUUUAGCCAGAUGAUAGGGAAUCUGUGGGAAUUCAUGCUUGGCUGUGGAGGCCAAUUCUUUGGGUAUAUUUAAAGUGGAGAUUGAAAGGUUCUUGAUUUGUAAGGUGUCAAAGGUUAUGGGGAGAAGGCAAGAGAAUGGGGUUGACAGAAAAUAAAUAAACUACAAUUGAAUGGCAUAGCAGACUUAAUGGGCCAAAUGGCCUAAUUCUGCUCCUGUAUCUGAUGCUAAAGUACAAUUUGCCCUCCUGCUCUGUGGAAGAAGGGAUAAAAGCUGAACCUCCACAUGCUGCAGAGUAAGGAAAAUUCAGCCAAGUUUAACAUUAGAGUCAGUCAUACCAUGUGGAAACAGACCCUUUGGCCCAAGUUGUCUACAGGAGCCAGUCCCAUUUGGCUCAUUUCCUUCUCAACCUUGUCCUAUCCAUGUACCUGACCAUAAGAUAUAGGAGCAGAAGUAGGCCAUUCGGCCCACUGAAUAAACUCUGUCAUUCAAUCAUGGGCUGAUCCAAUUCUUCCAGUCAUCCCCACUCCCCUGUUUUCACCCCAUACCCUUUGAUGCCGUGGCUAAUCAAGAAACUAUCUAUCUCUUCCUUAAAUACACCCAAUGACAUGGCUUCCACAGCCACUCGUGGCAACAAAUUCCACAGAUUUACCACCCUCUGACCAAAGUAAUUUCUCUGCAUCUCAGUUCUAAAAGGACAUCCUUCAAUCCUGAAGUCGUGCCCUCUUGUCCUAGAAUCCCCAACCUUGCCAUAACUGAUCUGUUCAGGCCUUUUAACAUUUGGAAUGUUUCUGUCCAAAUGUCUUUAAUUGUACCUGCCUUCCCACCAUCCCCUGAAAGUGAAAGGAGAAAGAUUUACAUCUGUGUUCUGUAGAUUUAGACUCCCCUACCCUGGCACAAAGAUUGUAACCACCCAUCUUAUCUAUGCUCCUCUAGAACACCACCCCUCAGCCUCUUUUGCUCCUAGGGAAUAAAGCCCCAGCCUUUGGGUGGUUUAUGAACAGGUUUCCAAAGCCAGCGCACAUUCAGCAAUGAGGUGAAAACUGUUGAGCUGAAGAUUCGGGUGUAAUUUGAUCACAGUCCGAGUUAUUUAGUAUAAGGGAAAAGUCAAAACAGAGGAGCAGCCAUCCAUCCAACCCGUUGUAUCUGCUUUGUGGAUCGUUCGGCCCCCGGGUAGCUGAGUGUUGGAACUGGCAGAGCACCUGCCUGAUGGCUCCAGUCAUGCAGGUUGGCUGCUGAACUCGGGCGCUAUUGGUUUGCAGUUGCACAUUAUCUCAGAAUGCCUAUGUGCCCUUAUGGUGCUCUGGUUUCCUCCAACAUCCCAAAGACACACAGGUUGGUAAGUUAAUCAACUGAUGUUCAUUUACCCCUAGUGUGCAGGUAGGGUCUGCGGUGAAAAUGGUAGAAAUCUGAGGAGAAUUAGUUGGGAUAUGCAGUGCUAGCAUGUACUUGAUGGGCCAAAUGGACUAAUUCUGCUGUAAGGAAAAGUGAAACACAGAGCCUGAGGCAGAGGAGCAGUAGGAGGCUUUUUCUUCCUCUCCCUUCCCUCUUCAAUUCACCCCUCUGGAUGCUUACUGCUUCUCCUCACCUGCCUAUCUCCUCCCCCGGUUGCCCUCCUCCUUCCCUUUCUCCCAUGGCCCACUCUCCCCUCCCAUCAGAUUCUUUCUUCUUCAGGCUUUUACCUUUUCCACCUAUCACCUCCCACCUUCUCACUUAAUUCCCCCUCCCCCACCCAUUUGGCUUCACAAUCACUAUACAUCUUGUCCUCCUUCCCCUCCUCUCCCCUCCCCUCACCUUCUUAUUCUGGCUUCUUUCCCCUUCUUUUCCAGUCCUGACGAAGAGUCUCAGCCUGAAACAUCGAUUGAUUAUUUAUUUCCAUAGAGGCUGCCUGACCUACUGAGUUCCUCCAGCAUUUUGAAUGUGUUACUUCCUCAAAAACCAGCCAAGGCUGUGGAGUGUCCACAAGCCUUGGUAUCAGGUAAAUCUUUCGUGGCAAAUGACCUGCUGCCAGUUGUAAUGAUGCCUGGAUCUUCCCAGCAGAGAAGAUGGUUUCUAUCAUAUCCUUUCAUAUUUUUAAUCAAUCGCUUCACUAUAUUAUCCCUUAAUCUAAUUCAUUUGGAGAAAAAACCAAAAUUAUUCUCAUUAUUUAUCCAUUUUAGCUUUGAUCCAGUCCUGGUGAAUCAUGGAGAAGAUUCACUGACUGAAGCCUUCUUCCUAAGUUGCCCAGAAAUGGCUGUAAAUUUCUAUAAGUGUACAUGAUGUUCUGUCAAGAGGAAGGCCAAUAUUCCUUUUAAUCUCUUUUAGUACAAAAAAAGUGCUGGAGGAACGCAGUGGGUCAGGUAGUAUCUGUGGACGGAGAUGGACAGUCAAUGUUUCUGGUCUGGAUGGACUUUUGCUCCAGAUUCCAGCAUCUGCAAUCUCUCUGUCAAAUUUAUAGUUGAUGCAUUGAUUAGACUGUUCGAUGUUAAUGUUACCAAGCCAUGAUAAGAAAGCAGGGCUGGCCCAUUCAGCCCAGUCAUUUGGUGCUGAGUUUUAAAUGCCAGCUGCCUUUCCCUGAAUGAUCAUCAUCCUGAAAUAUUAACUUGGUUAUCAUAGAUGGGGCCUGAGCUAAAGGCAUUCAGGAUCACAAUCAGACUGUUUUAUUUCAGAUUUCCAACCUCUGCAGUUUUGGUUUCAGUGCAUUUGAUUCAUCUGUAUUGCUUUCACUUUUCUAUCUCAUUGGAUGGGCUGAGUCUGGACUGUGAAUGGGGCAGCCCAUAUGGUCACUGGUUUAGAACACAGAACAUUGUAACAUAGCCCACAAUUUUGUACCGACCUUUUAACCUGCUCCAAGAUCAGUCUAACCCUUCCCUUGCACAUAGACAGGCACAUGGAUGAUGGCUAAAGAGAAGGCUAAGCGUUUCAUAGAAACAUAGAAACAUAGAAAAUAGGUGCAGGAGUAGGCCAUUCGGCCCUUCGAGCCUGCACCGCCAUUUAUUAUGAUCAUGGCUGAUCAUCCAACUCAGAACCCAGCCUUCCCUCCAUACCCCCUGACCCCUGUAGCCACAAGGGCCAUAUCUAACUUCCUUUUAAACAUAGCUAAUGAACUGGCCUCAACAGUUUGCUGUGGCAGAGAAUUCCACAGAUUCACCACUCUCUGUGUGAAGAAGUUUUUCCUAACCUCGGUCCUAAAAGGCUUCCCCUCUAUCCUCAAACUGUGACCCCUCGUUCUAGACCUCCCCAACAUCGGGAACAAUCUUCCUGCAUCUAGCCUGUCCAAUCCCUUUAGGAUCUUA